AUGCGCCGUCAUGGCGGUAUCCUACGUCGCUGUCCUCUAUGCCCCGACGGCCAUCAUCCGCUUCCCGCCCCGACCUCGCUCCGCACCUUCCUGCACCGCCGCUUCGCCUGCGCCGCCGUCGCAUCCGCCGCCUCCGCCCUUGCCACCGUGUCCCUCCUCCGAGUCUGGGGCCUCAGCGACUUCGCUGAUAUGCUUGCUGUGUUCGGCGUUAGGAAGGAUCACUUGGAUGCUACUGAUAUAAUUAGUCCUACCACUGAGAACACUUUGAUUCCCUCUUCUAUUGUAGUGAUAUUGUUUGGUGAUGACCUUUUGACCAGGCGCCGUUUACUGAGGAGCUGGUUUUCAGGGCAUGCAUGA